AGUAAACCAGUCUCUCGGCGGACCGCGAUGAAGUUACACGUUUUUCCGGCAAAGUCAGGUCGUUUUCGUCUUUCCAGCAGCCACCAUCCGCGACCGCGGGCAACAACACACUCUUGCGGAACAGCAGCCACCAUCCGAGAAGAUUGUGUCAAACCCGGUCUCAGCAUUCCAAUCGAUUUCGAUUAUCCACUGCGGCGGUGUGUUGACGACGGUGGUGCACUCGAGGACUAUUUUAACGUGACGUCGGUAUCGUCGCCGCCGUGUUCGUCUUCGUUCUCUUCGUCGUCGUCGUCGGUGUCGUUGAGCGCCGCGCGGGAAGUCCGGAACGUCGCCGAGAUCGUCUCCGACAGGAUAAACUCGAAAGAACAAUAGCCGCUAGCCGAACAUGGUGUUAAGUUUUAUCGGAACUGAAGCAUAUCAAAAAAAGUUUUCCAUCUGCUUUCCGUUGGUUUCCACUCCGAAGAAAACGAUGGGAGCAAAUUGAGGUGAACCUACAUAUCGGAAAAGUUAUCCACUGUCUGUGAGUGUGUCUUUGUGUUAGUUUUUCUCAUUGAGUCUACGGUGGGGGAAAAGAAACUAAGUCAAUAGGAACAAGUCGCCGAAAAGUUGAAGUUUCCGCUUAGCCACAUUGGCGGAGAGUGGAGUUUAUGGGAAACAACUUACGUCUUGAUUGCUCACGUACUGUACGGUUUUACCGCCCACCGCCAUCCGUCAUCCAGCGAAUUGAAAACUGAGCAGAUUCGCUGGACAAGUGUCUGGGGAGGGAAGUGCUAUUUCGAGACACGGAAACAUAUCGAGUAAAUCAAGUGCUUCGGCUGCUUCCAUCGAAGAAAUUGAAACCGGGCAGGAAAAAUGAGAACAUAUUUCACGCAGAGGAAACACAAAACCAACGUUUAUUGUUAGCCGCUUAUGGUCUGCCGACACGCGCUGGCAGCAGGAAAAAUCCGUUCUGCUUCCUUUUUCCGUGUCGAGUUUCAAGAUUCAGUGAACAAGCGAAAGAAAGGAAGAGAGAGUCGAGUAAGUGAGUGAGUGGGCGGGUUGUAUAUCCUCAAACCUAGUGGCUAUUUGUUAACCAGACAGAUAGACGUCGAUGACUUGUCGGAUUGCUGUGUGCAGCGACCCAAAGCCGUAAACUACAUAAUCCGGGUCAAGGAAAGUGCAGUGCAGUGCAGUGGGCAGUCUGGACGUUUGAAAUUAUUAAAGACAGUUGGCCACUUGUGCGACAUAAAGCAGACACGAUGGCCGCCCGGUGCACGGUGAAAUGAGAAACUGUUCCAAAAUACUUAAAUAUUUAGCGAGGAUUUGUCAGUUGUCAGCUCCGCAGGCAGGACAGCCGGUGCGAGCGGAGUACGUGACCUGCAUUGCACAAGAAGUGUAAACAAAGCGGGAAGUGUUUGAAUAAAGCAUGAGCCAAAGUUUGAGGCUGGCUGGCUGUACGGGAUUUGAAUGACGUGACCCGUGGCCUAGCAGCGGCACAGUAAUAAACUCGUUGAACGUUUCGCCAUAUGCAAUCUGAUCGAACGCAAGCGGACAUCCGGCAGCUGAUUCCGGCCGUUCGAGGAGGAGCCGUCAUCGAGAAGGGGUAGCUUUUGUUCAUUUUGCUACAGAUCUUCGCACGCACGGCACCUUUCGGUUUGAACUGCAACGACUAGCACUGACAGCUUACCGACACCUUUGACCCCACGUCACGUGUCCGUAAUUUGCACUUCAAACAACAUCCCAACAGGGAGCAGGUACACAAACCCGCAAGAAACGAACAAAACGUGACUGGAUAUUUGGACAGCUCGCCACUAGCACAGCGUAGAAACUCCCCCUCGCCAUGUCUCAUCCCUCCGACAAAACAGACUAAUUAGCAUAAUUGAAUAAAUCCCUGCUCCAAGCGUGUAAGGUGGUGCGUUGACCAGACCGAAGAAACCUGAUAUCCUUAAAGCUAGCUAGGUGCAAGCACGGGCCACGGACCAAAGGAAAUCAUUCAGGAAACUUAUUUUGUUGGCUGAGAAAAUUCGAAUCUUCACCGGACAACAGAAAACGGAAGUGAUUGAUAUCCCGGUCUUGCCAAUUUGACACGUGAGCAGCAGUCUGCGGUGGACUUUCGGGACAGAAACGAUUACACAUCGCGCUUUCUCCGGGUUCGCGGUUCGCGUAUUCCGAGUCGCUAGGUCACAAAUCACUUCGCGCGCGCGUUUCGUUCGACUGUCGGGCUGACGUUUACGGAUCGUUAAAAGUCCCACUACUGCUGUCGGUUUAUUUUGUUUUAUACUCCCGAAAAAACAACGACUGUGUGAGUGGCACAAGGAAAUCAAUACGUUCUGUGAUAUUGUUGAAAAAAUUUAUGAGUUUAUAGAGAAAAGAAGCGAAGCUUCCCUAGAAUAAACUUUCGUUCCGUAGUCAAUUACGCUGGCGUAAAGGCGAAAAGGACAGCGAUAUGUUUGGUACGGAAAACUUAGCGUAAUUGGAAAAGUUGCCCAAAGCAGCGAUGAAAGUUUAUUUAGAGCAUCGCUUGUUUAUUCAAUGUUAGCUACAGUAAUUGUUGGAAAUUUGUCACGGACCCAACCUGUCGAAGUUCAACGCAGUGAGAAAUCCAUAACCUUGUUCAAUAUUUUCGAUUAGAAUAUUAACAUAUCCCCACUUGAAGAAGAAAUUGGAUAUGCCGCAUAACAAAUAGCCAAAAUCAAAGUGUAACUAGUUGGAAGAAGUUUUUCCCCAACACCAAACACUACCCCACACCCCACCAACAACAACAAAAAAGCGAAAGUGUAUGUUCAUUAAUCAGCCCGCUCUACAACGUUGCGCCACUCCAGUUCGGGAACAAUAAGCACCAGCCGGUAAAUGCAGAAGGUGGUAAAGUAUAAUCGGCCCGAAGAAAAAGUGUUAUUACUCUGGGACACGAAAUCGGUAAUCGGUUCGGCUACCCUUCACUGGGAAUCGAUGGGAAAAAGUAAAAUUCUUUCUCUCGCGUUCCAGGCCCGGCCGGAAGUGAAUCGAAAGUGAUUGAAUGUCUGCCGGCCUCACUUUUCCCGCUGCACCCGCUCCUGGGCUGGGCGGCUGACUAACGCAGUGCCGGGAAGUUGGUGAAAAAUUGCCCACCCCAAGGUGAACGUGUCGCUUGAUUCGAUCUCAUCAAUUUCCGAACGGGGAGCAAAAAAAAAAUACAUCACGAUCCUCUCGCCGUCGCUGCACUGGCCUCCAGCGUGCGGCACGAAAAAUGAGCAAAAACAUUGAAUAAAUAAAAUUUAUGCUAUUUGCUUUAUCAUUCGAUGAAUAAUUACGGAAUAAAUUUGCUAUAACUGAAGGCAGACGGAUGGUGAACCGGAAAAUUUGCAUUUCCACGGUACUUCAUCCGGUUGGCGCAUCCACGGACGCUAAAUAUAUAGUUUUCACAGUGCAAAGGUCAGAUUAAACAAUUAAAGUGUGAUUUUUCAUGUGCGCGUUAAUUAAUCCGAUCCCAGUGUUCGGGUGCAGAUAGGCAGGUCAAUUAUCUGCAGUAAGCUUCGUCUGUUGGGUGAAAACAAAAAACCAAUAGUUGGCGAUUUAUCACACUAACUUGCACCUGAUCCAUAUCCAUAGAGAAUAAUUUCAUAUCAAGUGAAAUCCAGUACACACGCACACGCGGCCACACAUAUCGUGAAUAUCGAAUUAGUCACAUUGGAAAAAAGGAAAAAAAAAGUCAUCGUUUUAUACACAACAGCAGUAAACAUGGCGAUGGUAGUUUCUGGUCGUGCCAAAGCGGUAAUUGCGGCUUUCGUGUGCUUCUUUCUGCUAGGAAUCGUGCUGGUAACCGGUUCCACCAAAGGCUGGUUUGUGCCGGUGCGCUAUCAAAACGAACGAGUCGCCGCCAGGAUACAGUCAAGUGGAGAUGAUGACGAUGGCCUGUUCCACCCUGAGCCACCGAUGAUUUCUCCACCCCCGCCGGACUACGGGUUCCGGUUGAAGGGCGAUAAGGGCGAACGGGGACUUAAAGGACCGCCUGGUGACAGCAUACGAGGCCCCCCUGGUCCACCCGGUCCACCUGGACCGCUCGGGCCGCCAGGACCACCCGGUGCGGUUGGACCCCGCGGUCCAGGCCACCUCGACGAAGGAUCUGGCGACGAAAUGAAGAGAUUAUCUCAGCUGUACGACGCACUGCCCAACCGCAAGCACUCGGGCCAGCAGUGCUUCUGCAACGUCACCCUGAUCAUGGAAGAGUUGAAAAUGGACAACACUCUGCGUGAGUUCCUCCGCGGUCCAGCAGGACCGCAGGGCCGCGAGGGUAAAACCGGAUCCCCCGGGCUAACUGGAGCCACAGGACCGGCUGGAGAACGUGGUACACCAGGACCGAAGGGGGACAAGGGAGACCGUGGAGAUAUCGGAACACCCGGCGCCGAGGGCAUCCAAGGUAGCAAGGGAGAGUCUGGUCUAGAUGGACUGCCAGGUCCUCCUGGUCUGCCUGGACCCCCGGGUCCGCCGGGAAUUCCGGAGAAUUACGACAUAAAUUGGAAUCCAUCGCGGAUGUUUAAGGAAUCGAUGCUAGGUUCACCGAUUCAAGGGCUGCGAAAUGCCGCGCCAGGAACCAAAGGCGAACCAGGCGAUAAAGGCGACAUCGGCCUCCCCGGGCAGAAGGGCGAACAGGGCAGCAAGGGGGACCGCGGUGAUCCUGGCCUCACCGGUGCCAAGGGAGAAAGGGGCCACACAUCAACCGGAGCACCGGGGCUAAAGGGCGAAAUUGGACGGCCCGGAGUUCCAGGCAUUCCAGGGCAAACUGGAGCAACUGGAUCCAAGGGAGAAAAAGGUACAACCGGAGACAGCGGCCCUCCCGGGCCAGCUGGACCGCCAGGAAUGGUGGUUUAUACCGAUUCGAAAAAUUCAACCUCAGACUGUCAGUGCCAACCGGGACCACCGGGACUUCCUGGACCAAGAGGACCUGCCGGGUUUGAUGGCACCCCUGGAUUACCUGGUGAAACUGGCCUUCCAGGCCAUCCAGGACUUCCGGGCGAUAAGGGAGACAAAGGCAACCCCGGAAUGAAAGGUGAAAAGGGGCCCGAAUUCAUUAUAAACGAAAAUGCAGCUUUCAACUCGUCCAGGUCAAACAAAGGCGAAAAAGGCGAUCGGGGACCGAGAGGACGCAGAGGCAAACAGGGCCCCAUCGGACCUCCGGGUAAACCGGCCGGUCCGAACGAUAUGGGUAUUAACUCGUGGCCGGGACGAACCGGAGCUAAGGGAGAUUCGGGACCCAAAGGAGACCGUGGUGAUAGUAUAUUAGGGCCCAAAGGCGAAAAAGGAGACCGAGGAAUAGACGGACGUGAUGGACUCCCAGGUCCUCCCGGACUGCCAGCCGCAUCCGGCGAGGGAGUUCAGUACAUACCAAUGCCAGGACCACCGGGACCCCCAGGACCGCCCGGUCCUCCAGGAUUAUCGAUCGUCGGACAAAAGGGUGAACCAGGAAUGGACUCGCGCAGCCCAUUCUUCGGUGAUCCGAACUUCCUCGGUCGUGCAGGAGGUCGCUCAAGCUUAGACGAACUAAAAGCACUUAGAGAACUAAAGCACCACAAGGAUAUACAAGAUAGUACGCCUGGCCCACCAGGACCGCCAGGACCGCCGGGUAGUCCGGGUCGCACCAUCUACGACCAUAGUGACGAAAUUCCGAACAGCAGUGGGGCCAACGUACGAAUCGUGCCGGGAGCAGUCACUUUCCAAAAUACCGAAGCUAUGUCCAAGAUGUCCGCCACGAGCCCCGUCGGAACGCUAGCCUACAUAAUUGACGAGGAAGCACUGCUGGUGCGGGUGAAUAAAGGAUGGCAAUACAUUGCACUUGGUACACUGGUUCCGAUCGCAACACCAGCGCCUCCCACAACCACGGUAAUACCACCGCCCCGACCGGACCUGCAAGCCUCUAAUCUAAUAAACAACAUCCCGCAGCCCGUUGAGGGUCCAACGUUUACGGCGUCCCCGGAAUAUGAGUCGUGGUACCCCAAGAUGUUGCGGAUGGCGGCACUUAACGAACCGUACACCGGCGAUUUGCAAGGCAUCCGGGGGGCCGAUUUUGCCUGCUACCGACAGGCGAGGCGUGCCGGUCUCCUGGGGACGUUCCGAGCGUUCCUAUCUGCAAGGAUUCAAAACCUAGACGCCAUCGUGCGGAUAGCAGAUCGCGAUCUUCCAGUAGUGAAUACCCGGGGAGAUGUGCUGUUCAACUCGUGGAACGGCAUGUUCAACGGCCAGGGAGGUUUCUUCUCCCAAGCCCCCCGGAUAUACAGUUUCAGCGGGAAGAAUGUCCUCACCGACAUUGCUUGGCCCCAGAAACUAGUGUGGCAUGGUUCCAGUACGCUCGGUGAGCGCGCGAUGGACACGUACUGCGAUGCCUGGCACUCCGGGUCCCCGGACAAGGUCGGGCUGGCGAGCAGCCUGCUCGGCAAUAAAUUACUCGAUCAGGAGCGGUAUUCCUGUGAUAAUCGGUUUGUGGUACUGUGCAUCGAGGCACUGUCUCAGGAUCGACGGCGGAAGCGCGACGUCGGUAGCGUUCACGAGUUCACCAACGAGCACGACUACAGCCGCCAUCUGAGUGAAGUUUUACAGGUGUAAAAUCGCAAAGGAAAUGAUAUCUCUCUUGUAAAUCUCAGCAGUUACCUUCCAUUGUCACCGACAGCAUCACCACGGAAAAAUGAAAACACACAUCACACAAAAGAAACCACAAAAACCAACAAACGUCACGAAAAGCAAAACAUGGCUGCCAAAGUAGACAAAAUUUAGAAACAAGUAAACAUAGAUGAAAAGAAAUACAUCUUUUAUUAUUAAUGCGUAUUUCUCCGCCACGCUAGAGUUCAUCGCUCCUGAGCAAAUCGAACAUUAUUCUACGCUAAAUGUAAUGAAAAAUUUAGAACGGCAUCUUUUCCAAAUAUUUAAAACUCUUCACGAACACGGGAUUCCUAACUGUAAACUCUAAUACGUCAUAGCAUUGAAGGAUUCUAAGUUGCGAAAAAUUCUGAACGUUCUAACCUAUAAAUUUCGUCCUACUCAAGUCUAACAUUCAGACCGGAAUGGCCUACUUUGACGAAACGAUUGAGCAAAACAUUUUGCUUGGUGUCAUGUCGGCUAGCUAAAUUGUAGUCAAGUCAACUAUGUAAGUAAACCGAUUGAAGAUGCGUGACAUUUAUUUACGAAAUGCCAACAAACAAAAGUUAAGCGAGAAGAGAUAAGAUUGUAAAACUUUAAGAACAAUAAACAAUGGAAAUUGUCAAAUUAUUCGUAAAUGAAGUAUGGACAGAGAUGUAUGUAAAGUUUAUGAGACAUAUCGAGACAUCGCAGUUUUUUUGUCUUUACAAUUGUGAGUGAAAAAGUGUUUUAUUACCAAAUGGCUGCCAUUUUAUAGCUUCCCACACACAGUGACAGUAGGUCUAAUUUAACAUUCAUAUCCGGCAAACUGUCCCAUAUCCUCUUUAUCAAAUAAGUUGGAGCAUAUCGAAUCUUUUUAAUUGGGUACUCUCACUACUUCGCUUGUGUGAUCGGGUCACUGUAUCCACAGUGGAAAAAAUCUAGUAUUUCUAACAAACAGAUAAUGUACAAGAUGGGCAGAGUAAAAAAGCCUAAGUAGCGUUUUAAUAGUUACGACUUUUUCUCAGCAAUACAAAACCUAUCAAUAAUGACCGCAAAGAUGGGCAGCAAUCUGUUCCAAUUUACAGAAAACAAAACCGCGUUGUGAAGUACCGAAACAUACCAAAAGUCCGAUAACAAGUAUUGAAAGCAUUUCUAAAUUAGUCACUGAAUGUUUUGUUCGAAGCGAAAAAGAGAUCACCUAACUGUUCAAAGCCGAUGAUAACAAGACGAACAAUAAUAGAAUGUAUGUUAUAACAGUUUUAGUUGAUUUCAUGCUGAAAAAUGAAUAGAUAAGUUUCAAGGUAAACUGACAAUGAUUUGACAAGAAAUCAACCGAGUAAUUUUCAAAAUUUUGUCACUUUACAACUAACAACUCUAUAAUUCGAAAACAUCCAUCACAAAAGAAAACAAAUGUCAAAACGUUAAGUGAAAGAAGCAUUCGCUUUUGUAUCAUCAUAACUUAUGAUUCAUAAGUCAAUACAAGGAAAAGAAACUAGUUAUAUUAGUAAGGUAAUUGUAUUUAAUGAACAGAAGAAAAUAAGUAUCUUUUAAGCAUUGAGCAAAAAUAGUCAUCAGUCAAGUUAUUUGAGGAAACGUUGUAAACAGAUUCUAUAAUUGAACGUUUUUAACAAAUUUUAUUUUGUCUUUUCACUUUACACUAACGAAAAAGCCGGAGGACGUUUUAGUGAAACGUAAUUUAAAAAAAGCAACUGUAUUUAAUGCUGCUCUUUAGUGUUAAUGAAAAGAAAAACUAACUGUAGAAUUAAGGCAUUUUUUGUAAAUAAAAGAUUAAAUGAAUUCCCGAAAACAA